AUGCACACUAGCCAAUGUGCCGCGAACCCUCGCAUCCUCACGCCUCACACGCACCGGAGAGAGAAAUUGAAAGGUAGCACACGUACACGUCAGUCGUUCGCUUUCAAACGAUCUCUCUCUCUCUCUCUCUCUCUCUCUCUUACACACACUCUCUCUCUCUCUGAAUCUCUCUCUCUCUCUCUCUCUCUCUCUCUCUCUCUCUCUCUCUCUCUCAUUUGCCGGGUCAAAGUGUAUCAACCGGAGCGCAAUAAACACCCCGGGACGAUGGCGUCCGAGAAAACGUCGGUUUUCAAGCCGCCGAAGCCUAGCAAUGCGCCGCCGAGCUGGCUAAACCCAAGUCGGCCCAGCUCCGCACUGCCUCGCCUGGGUUCCGCGGGCUCUGCUCGCCGGGGACGUGUCAACAGUGCUGGACCAGCGGAUGCUGAAAACAUGCUCCCCGUCCCCUCAGCCUCCCUGACCCGCCCGGGCACCACUAUGGGCCGCAUGCGCCCCACCAGUGCCGCAAUCACACCCCGCCCGGGCAGUGGUCUGGUAUCACGAAUCGGCCUGGAUCGCCUUUCAUCUCCCAAGCGGCUUAUCUCUCGCAGCGCCUCAAUCUCUUCUGAAUCCGGCAUGCCUCGACGCCUCCACCCAAUCGACACCCAUGACAGCUAUGACAGUGAACCGGACACCGACCCGGCCGGCCGUCGACCCAGCCUCCCCGCCAUCUCCGAGCCCAAACCCAACGUACUGGCCCAGAUGCCCAUGAUUCAGGGUGGCUCACGCGCCGCCUCACCCAGCGCUGCCUUGACCCCACCAACACAUGUCGCUCAAACCCCCGUGACUCUGGCUCGAAUGCAGAACCGUCCGCGCUCCACAUCCAUUCCUGCAAAGAUCAGUCUCAAUACAUCUUCGCCUGUCGUUGCGCAAGUGGAACCGUUGGAUGAGAACGAAGCCAAGCCUGGUCAGCUCUUGCUCUCUCGCAUGGCCCGGCGCGAUGCGCAAGACAAACAAUUUGCCGUAUAUCUACAACAGCACAAUGUUCGCCACAUUAUCGAGGCUCUCGUGACAGCAGCUGCCAUUGAGCGCCCAGAUGAUAUUUUAUCCUUCUUGCUGGAUCAGGUUGAGCACAUGCACUCUCGCGAUGAUGCCAUCACUUGGGACAUGCUAGUCGAUCCUGAAAAGCGACCGCCACGCCGGGUGUUGGCGUACUGGAUGUUUAAGCCAGAAGACGAGGAUGAUCGACCGACUCCGGAAAUGUACAAGCUGGCCUACCGAGCAAAUCGCAAGCGCAUUCUACAACCCUGCAUUAAGAUGUGGUUUGCGUGGUACCGAAAUCACAAGCGCCUCAAACUUGAGCUUCUUCGCAAGAUGGAUCUAGCCCUGGAGCACUACCAUGGUGUCAUCACUCGCAAGUACUUUCAGCCGCUUGUUCAACACCGGCUUGAUAUCAACGAAAAGCGUCGUGAGGUCAUCUUUCGCAUGCGAGGCAAGCAACGCGGCAACUUGGUCAAGACCGUCUUUAUCGCAUGGCGCAGCUUUACCAAACAAGCCAAGGAAACUGCUGCUUACUUUGAGAAGGUCAUUCAGGACAACGCCAUCGUUUCGGAUGGCAUGGUUCAACAAACGGAUCUUUUCUCCAUGCUCAACAUUGCCGUGCGCCUGAAGAUUUUACGCAACCUUGAUCUACGCUCCAGACUGGCUUGCAUGCAAGUCUGUCGUGCCUGGCGCGAGGUUGCACAAGAUCCUACGCUUUGGGAGCGCCUUCCUUUCUGCGAACUCUAUCAAAGCACAACAGAUGCUGCCGUCCACCGGCUGGUCACCAACUUUCGACCCUUUGUCAAUACGAUCAAUCUGCACAAUUGCAGCCAAAUUAGCAACCGCGUACUCCAGUCUAUUGGACAGUGCCGCAAUCUUCAAGACAUCAAUUUGUCCAACUGUCGGAACGUGCGGGAUGACGGCGUGCGAGCUCUGGUGGAAGGAUGUCCAGGGCUGGUCUACCUCAAUCUCACCAACUGCAGCGUCACGGAUCUAACCUUGCAAUUCAUUGCCCGCUUCUGCUUUGGCCUUUCCUACUUGAGCCUUGCGGGCUGCAGCAACCUCACGGAUCGCGGCCUGCGCGAGCUCAGCCAGGGUAAUUCGGCGGGCAACCUGUUUUGGUUCAACCUGAGCAGUUGCGCCUCGAUAACAGACGAUGGCAUCGUGGCCGUGGUCGAAAAUUGUCCAGUCCUGACGACCUUGGUCUUGAAUGACCUGCCAAGCCUCUCUGACAAGGGAAUAUUCGCCAUUGCUGAGAACUGCCAUCACUUGGAACGCCUUGGACUGCAGUGCUGCGAGGGCAUCACGGAUGCUGGCUUGACGGCGCUUGGAGCCAGCUCCAAAUCUCUCCACGAAUUUGAGCUUACUGAAAAUCCCGUCGUGACGGCGCAGGGCGUGGCAGCCUUGUGUCAUGUCCCGUCACUGCGCCGUAUCGUGCUCUCGAGAUGCGACAAGGUCAAAGACUCGAUUGGCCUGGCAUUGGGCUCGCAUGCGCUCGAAAGCCUCGAUCUUUCCGACAACCUCUUGAUUGGUGACGUGGGUGUUCGCAAUGUGGCUCAGGCAGCCGCGGCACCCUUGUCACUCCGGGAUGUCGUGCUUCGCAACUUGCUGCGCCUCACAGAUACAGUGUCGCUUGAUUUGAGCGGAUGCACCACCAUCUCGGAUGGUGGUGUGGUAGUUGCCAUGCAGAACAUGCCCAAACUGCGCAGCCUCUCCCUCCAAGGCUGCUUUCAUGUGGGAGAUGGCGCGCUUCAAGCCAUUCAGCUUCAUGGCGUGGAUCAACUCGAGUGGUUGGAUCUCACUGAUUGUCAAGGAGUAACUGAUUUAGGCAUUGAGGCCGUGGGGCAAGCAUGCCCGCGCCUGCGUGGCCUCGCCUUGACAGGACUCUCACAGACGCUGCACCUUUUUGGAUUGGCUGCGCUCACUAACGCAGCCGUGGACCUCACGCUACGCUGUCAUAGUCUCACAGAAGUGAGCUUUUCUACGGCCAGCAACAUUACGCGGGACAAGAUUUUGGGCGUGCGGGCACGCCAUCGUCGCGUACGCAUUUACUUUGAGGCCUUGCCACCCUUUAUUGAAAUGCCCUGGCCUCAUUCAGAGGCCUUCUUCAUGCCUGAAGGCAUGUCCUGA